GACAAAUGACACACUACCUCAUUUAUUUAGAAACAAUUUAGAAAGUAUUAAAACCAAACAGUGUUUAAGUUUUCAAAAGUGUUGAAAAAACGAGCUUUUUAAAUAAUGAUUGAAAAUUUGGAAAACAAUCGUUUCGAACCAGCCAAUGAAAGUGGAAACGAUUCGAGUGAAAGCAUUGACACUGUGCCACCAACAGCAAAUGAGUUUUUUAAAUCGCCCGGAUUUUAUAAAAAUGCACAACGAUAUUGGUCGCAGAUUUCACCAACAAUUGAUGGCAUGUUAGGAGGAUUAUCUAUGAUUGAUACGACUGAUGUUCAAGGAUCGUCACGUUUUCUAAAGGAUUUAUUUAAAAUGAAACCACCACCAAAUCCACAUCGUGCUCUUGAUUGUGGAGCUGGAAUUGGCCGUGUUACAAAAAAUCUAUUAAUCAAUUACUUUAAAUGUGUAGAUCUCGUUGAACAAGAUGAAAACUUUGUUCGAAAAGCUAACGAUUACCUCAGUGUAAAUGGACAAUUGAACGAGAAAAUUGGAACAAUUUAUAAUGUUGGUCUGCAGGAUUUUACACCAACCGAAAACACAUACGAUAUCAUUUGGUGCCAAUGGGUUCUGGGCCAUCUGACUGAUGAUGAUUUAUGUGCAUAUUUCAAACGAUGUACAAGCGGUCUCACCAAAGACGGAUGCAUUGUAAUCAAAGAAAACUUUACAUCCACCGAUGAUUUUUGCAUUGAUGCAGUAGACUCGUCUGUGACACGAUCUUUACGAAUUUUUAAAAGAAUUUUAGAAUCGAGUAAUUUACGCAUUGUAAGAAUUUGUAAACAAGAAAAUUUCAUUCAAGGUCUAUUUCCUGUAUAUACUAUUGCAUGCAAACCAAUUCAAAGAUGCUAACAAUAAACAUCAACUAUUUUGUUUUUCAAAUCAGAAAAUUGUUUAUUCUUAUGAUUGAAACUGUUACAAAUUUAUUGAAUAUAAUCAAUUUUGAAUUUCGAUUUAUUGUAUCUAAAUACGGACAUUGUCUUGAUUUUGGAUUCUCUUUCACCACACGAACUCCAGUACUGCAUCUCGGCUUUUUUUCAACAUCGAUACCUUCAAACAAAGGUACAUAUCGUGUGCACAUUUUACAAAAAUCAACUGGUCAAUGGUAUGAAAUGCAAGAUUUGCAUGUUACAAAUAUCUUACCGCAAAUAAUUAUACUCACCGAAGCUUACAUUCAGACUGACGCUGAAAAAAUGGAGCAUUAACAUUUUGGAAUAUUCAAAAUUGGGAAUCGAUUAUAUUUAAAACAUUUGUGACAGUUUAAUAAGUUUUCAUCAUAUAAAUAAAUAAAAUUUUAAACAGUUUUCUAGUUUCAAAGAGAAAAUAGUUUAUUAUAAUUUUAACAUCGUAUUGGAGAUCUUGAAUGAUAUUUCCUAAUUUAUAAAUUAAUUAAUUAAAGUGAAAAAUUAUUCGGUUAUGAAGUUCCUUUUUCUGAAAUGGUGCAUGUGAUGGAUUCAUUUAAUCAUCGAUCGGUUCGACCGUUUCCGUUGCUUCAAUUUUUUCAAUUGCUUGUUUCCUAGAAUGAAGAUAAAUUUUUAAUAUAUUAUGAUUUCUGUAUGAAAUGAAUAUACAGUGCGUUUUUUU